GCAGCAGCAGCAGCACCACAACCACCACCACCACCACCAUGGUGCGGGCACGAGCAGCCGCGGGCGGCCGUGCACCGACAGCGCCUGGGCCGAGCUGCGCGGCUGGUGCAAGGCGCGCGGAAUGGCAAAGACGAAGCUCACGCUGGCGUACUUCCCAGACACGUUCCGCGGCAUGAUGGCUACGCGCGACAUUGGCCGGGGCGAGGACAUAUCCGUGUGCCCGAGCAGCUGCUGAUGACCGCGUCCAAGGUGCGGCGCCGCACAACGCACCAGGCGGCAGCCUGCGGCGGCAGCGCGCUGCGGUGGACGCUGUCUGAGCACCAGUCGCUCGUGUACUGGCUGUGCGGCGAGGCCGGGCGGCGCGCCGCGUCGGAGUGGGCCAGCUACAUCGGCUCGCUGCCGCGCGACUUCGGCUCGGUCCCGCUGUAUGCGCUGUCUGGGGAGGGGCCUAGCAGCAGCGUUGCGGCUGGCUCGCCCGAGGCGCGCUGGGUGGCGGCGCACCUGCCGCGGCCGAUGCGACUGAGGCUGGCCGCCCAGCAGGCGCGGCUGUUCGCCGACUGGUCGGCCACAGCUGCGUUCCUGGCGGCGGCGGGCCUGGCGCCGCUGCGCGGGUGGAGGCUGUACGUGUGGGCGUGGCUGGCGGUGAACACGCGGUGCAUCCACCUGGGGGCCGCCGCUGCGAGCCAGACCAGCGCAGGCACUGCCCAAGGCCGCCCGGCGGCCUCCGGCGCCGGCGCCGGCGCCGACACCAUGGCGCUGGCGCCCGUGCUCGACUUCCUCAACCACAGCGAGACGGCGGACGUCGAGACGCACUUCGACCAGCGCACCGGCCACUUUGUCAUUCGGACGCAGCGCGCGUUCGCGCGGGGCCAGGAGGUGUUCAUCUCGUACGGGCCACACGACAACCGCUUCAUGCUCCUCGAGUACGGCUUCGUGCUCGCGCGCAACCCGUUCCAGGUGCUGGAGCUGGACGACGCUGUCAGCGCCUGGGUGGCUGCGGCCGAGGCGCGCCUGCUGGCCGCUCGCCCGGCAGCGGCGCUGAUGCGGCCGGACGGCCUGCGCCGGCUGGUCGACACGCUCAGGCAGCACGGGCUGUGGGGCGACUUUACCAUCUCGCUUGACGACCUCGAGCCGUCGUAUCGGCUGCAGGCCGCGCUGCGCCUGCUGCUGGCCGCCGAGCAGCGGGGGGCGACUGCCAAGGGCGCCAUUGCGCGGUGGGAGCGGUGGCGGCGCGGCGGGCCCACAGAGGACGCGGAGGGCGCGGAGAAUGCCGCCGUGCGCGCGUGGGUCGAGGCCGUCUGCGCGCGCCUGGCCGCCGAGGCCGAGCGCAUGCUUGUCGGCACGGCCGCAGCCUCACUCGCGCAGCCGGGCGUCGACGCGUUCCUUGUGCGCUGCCUGCACACCGUGUGGCUGGAGAUCAGCGCAAUCGCCACCCCGCUGCUGCCGCGCCGACGAAGUGACACAAGCCCGUGCAUGUGACCUGCCCUUUUCAGGCUGGCUGGCUGGCUGGUUGGUUGGCUGGCUGGUUGGUUGACUGCCCACCUGACUGGCCUGACUGCCUGCCUGCCCGCCUGUUCGCGCAUGCAUGCACUCGCUCCUCUCGGCCUGCCAAGACAGACCGACCCUCCCCCCUAUACCGCACGCCGCCGCUAUAAAUGCCGCCGCCAUUGUGCGCGCGCAUCCCUCUCCUCUUCUCUGCUUUGCCCAAUUUUUCUGUCCACCGCCUCUGCAUUGUGCA